AAAGGUACUUGCCCAUGAAUAAAAUAAGGAGUAUGACUUAAUUGAUCGUCUACCUUGUAGAGGUAUAGCCCAUAGAUUUGAAGCAGUGGAGUUGACAGUAGAACUGGUAUGAAGAUACAUGGCGCAAUGGGGAAGCAAAGCCGCAGGCUUGGGGAGAGGCUUUUACCAUUAACCCUCUGAGAAAUCUUCUUCCCCCCAGCCGCCCCACUCUCGCGAUUGCUACAUUCCACCUUCCCUCAACGGCUCAACCUUUCUAGCCUCAUCUACUUCGGGCAUUUCACCUUUCUUCUCCACCCCCACACAUUGUCGCGGCCGGUCUUGAUGAAUCUUGGCGAUUCUGGUUCUGUACAUUGGGAUUGGCACUAUAAGACAUGGCUGUGAGGGCUGUGCCAAUCUGGGUAUGCUCUCGGAACCCUAGAAGAUCCGGGUCUCGAUUGGGCGUUUCCGAGUUCGGGUGUGGGGGUCCCGGGUUCUCGGACUCGGGUUCGGUCAAGAAAUGGGCUUGCUGUUCGGCUAUGACGGCUGUGGACAAGAAGAAGAAGAAGAAGCCAUUGAUGCAAUCUGGGGUUGCUUCGCCCGUUGGUGGUAGCGGAGUUGAAGACGAGCCUCGGAUCACUCAAUCCAGUGGGUUUCACAGGGAUCUGCAGUCUCUUCCAAAACCAUUGUCGGCAGCCGAUCUUUAUUCUUAUCCUAAUGAUGCUUCGAAGGUUCGGGUUGCCUAUCAGGGUAUUCCUGGGGCAUAUGGUGAGGCAGCUGCACUUAAAGCAUAUCCCAUGUGUGAGACUGUACCAUGUGACCAAUUUGAAGCUGCAUUUAAGGCUGUAGAGCUUUGGCUAGUGGACAAAGCAGUACUUCCCAUUGAGAACUCUGUAGGGGGUAGCAUCCACCGUAAUUACGAUUUACUCCUUCGUCACAGGCUGCAUAUAGUUGGCGAAGUUGAGCUUCCUGUUAAUCAUUGCCUUUUAGGUUUACCCGGAGUCAGGAAGGAAGAACUAAAACGUGUUUUGAGCCAUCCCCAGGCACUGGAUCAAUGUGAAAUGACUUUGAAUCAGUUGGGUGCUGUUAGAGUGAAUGUCAAUGACAGUGCAGGUGCUGCCCAGAUGGUAGCAUCUGAAGGGACAAGAGACACUGGAGCAAUAGCUAGUGCUCGAGCUGCAGAAAUUUAUGGCCUUAAUAUCAUUGCAGAAUUUAUUCAGGAUUACUCGAGCAAUAUUACCCGUUAUCUGAUACUUGCCAGAGAACCAUUAAUAUCUGGAACAGACAGGCCGUACAAGACUAGCAUUGUUUUUGCCCUAGAAGAAGGACCCGGAGUUCUAUUCAAGGCCUUAGCAUGCUUUUCUCUGAGAGACAUUAAUUUGUCAAAGAUUGAAAGCCGCCCACAGAGAAACAAUCCAUUGAGAGUAGUCGAUGCUUCCAAUAAAGGAAGUGCCAAGUACUUUGAUUACUUGUUUUACAUAGACUUUGAAGCAUCAAUGGCCGAACCACGUGCACAAUAUGCUCUGGGACAUUUACAGGAAAUUGCGAGAUUCAUUCGUGUCCUCGGUUGCUACCCGAUGGAUACCCCUCCAUAAACAGGGAUGGGGGGGGGUGACUGCCCUUUGGUAGGACAUUUAACCCUGUAUCUCAACCCUGAAUUGCUGGGCAGUUUUCAACUCUCUGUACAGACAUUCCAACCAGUAUCUCAAGCCUGAAUUGCUAGGUUUUUUUUCUUCUUUCAAAUUUCUGACUCAGUGCCCGUUCUUACACGUUCUUUAAAAAACAAAACACUUGUUUUAGUGUAUAUUUUAGUCAUGAGAAUUGAAUGAAACUCAAUGUGUAUUGUGGUAAUAAUGUGAAUCAUUAUGUGAUUUAUGAAAGAUGUAUUCUUUGUAGCUUUAAAAACAAAUCUUGCACUGUGAC